UGUUGGCAUAUAUUUGUGUUUUUGUGUUGGCAGAUAUUUGUGUUGGCAUAUAUUUGUGUUUUUGUGUUGGCAGAUAUUUGUGUUUGCAGAUAUUUGUGUUGGCAUAUAUUUGUGUUUUUGUGUUGGCAGAUAUUUGUGUUGGCAGAUAUUUGUGUUUGCAGAUAUUUGUGUUGGCAGAUAUUUGAUAUUUGUGUUGCCAGAUAUUUGUGUUUGCAGAUAUUUGUGUUGCCAGAUAUUUGUGUUGCCAGAUAUUUG